AUGCAAAUUAAAGAUUUAUCUACAGAGGGAUUUCCAGCAUGGUCAUCAUUUAUUUGUACGCAACGUAUGACAGGUUUACGAGCGCAAACAUUAAAAAGAGGAAAACCAAAUGGCACGUCAACAACGGAUGUGGCGACGGAUUUACCUUUAGAGCACAUUACUCAAACUACAACAGAUAGUUUAGCAGCUGGGGAUUGGACCUUACAAUUAGGUUCUUGGCCCUGUUUUAUAUUUAAUCCAGGAAACGUCAGGUUCAGUCCUGGAGUGGUUGAUCAAAUCAUUUUAAUGGCUUUUGUUGAGGAAGGUGUAACCGUCCCUGUUGCUCCAAACAAUUUAUUGUUUGGCAUAUUUGAUGAAGAAAGAAAUAUGUCAAUCGUUGAACCUUAUGUUGGUCCAACUCCUUCUGUGAACACCUUUACUUUCACAAGAACUCAAAAAAUUGAUGUCGAUAAAAGAUUUCAUUCUUACUUUUUUGUUAAUAAACAAAAUUCCAAUCAAUUGGUUGGAGGGUUUGAAGUGAAAAACAUGGCUGCAAGAUUUUUAUAUUCCCCAGACACAUAUUUGGCGGUGACUUACACUGAGAGGAGGAAAUAUACACCAUAUGAUCUAAUCUCCGCCGUUGGUGGUCUGCUGACAUAUACUAUGGCUGCCUGGUUUAUUUUAUUUGGGAGGGGCAAGUACCGUUCAUGGGGACUAGUUCAGCGAUAUUUGUUGCACAGUUCACCAGAUGCCAUGAAAAAAGAUGAUAGCAAUCGAUUAUUGCCAAUUACUUACAAAGAUCAAAAGGACUUGGAAAGUCAAAUAAAUAGCGGGUUAAGUCCAGCAACCGAAAGUUCAUCAACUCCUGUAAGCGUCAACGCGUAUACGCCUUCAUUAUAUUAUUUCUCGGCUACUGGAACUCCAACGCAACAAAAUUUUCCUUUAUCACCGACUAAUCGAGUGUCAAGCUCAAAGAGCUUAAAUAAAAGGAUUGAUGCUAGGAUUAACCUGAAACUCUGGUUUGUCGAACAAACCUUGAGUCGACAUUAUCUUUCAGGAUUUAGAUUACGGAAUUAUGAUGUUGAUUUUAAAAAGUUUGGAAUCGAAACCUAUGAUGAUGAUGAAGAAGCAUUAGCUCCUCCAACCGCACAUCAAAAUUGGAAUCAUUUCAAUCCAAGUAUUCGUACUCCUGAUCAGAAUAGUCUUGGAAAAUUUCAAACAUCAUCAUCUCUUUCAUCAUCUCCUCGCGGAAGUCAAAUGUUUCAAAAGAAUAAUAAUAAUUUAAAUCCGGAAGAAAUGAGAACUCAAUAUCCAAAUGUAACGUUAAAUCAAGUGCCAAAGGAAAAGAAGAAUAGGUGGUAG